UGAUUUCACCCUCUGUUACGUGCGUCUUCAAAUUUUUCUUUCUUAAUCUUGUUUAGGUGAACCGAACCCUCGUUGUUGUGACUUGUGAUUUUUUUUAUAUGUCGGGGUCCUAGAAGGUUCUAUUCUGUUUUGGGACUUGAUGAUGAUGAGAAUCUCUCACCUAAUCAAUUAAAUGCUUCAUAGUUUUUGCAUCAUUUCUCUAUCUCUAUUAAAGUAUGAGAAUUUGAGGUGUUACAUUUAGAUGGAAGCACAAAGCUCUCAGCAUUCGCAAGUUAUUGAGAUCAGUGGAGAUUCUCCUGAUGGCGGAAGGAAGAUUUGCGGGGAAGCACCAUGUGGGUUUGCAGACGCUGGAUCCAUCUCUAAGGAUUCUGAGGAAAGAUCAACAUCUAUGCGAAAGCUAUUGAUGGCAGUGAUUCUUUGUGUUAUUUUCAUGACGGUUGAAGUUGUUGGCGGCAUCAAGGCAAACAGUCUUGCCAUAUUGACUGAUGCAGCACAUUUGCUUUCAGAUGUUGCAGCCUUUGCCAUCUCCUUAUUUUCUUUAUGGGCUGCUGGAUGGGAAGCUACACCUCGCCAGUCAUAUGGAUUUUUCCGGAUAGAGAUUCUUGGUGCUUUGGUUUCUAUCCAGUUAAUAUGGUUGCUUGCUGGAAUUCUGGUAUACGAAGCCAUUGAUAGAAUCAUUGCUGGUCCUAAAAAUGUGGAUGGGUUUUUAAUGUUUCUAGUUUCUGCAUUUGGUCUUGCGGUUAAUAUCAUUAUGGCUUUGUUGUUGGGUCAUGAUCAUGGCCAUGGCCAUGGUCAUGGACAUGACAGUCAUGGACAUGGACACGGUCACGGUCACGGCCACAGCCACGAUAGUCAUGGCCACAGUCAUGGAAUUUCUGUGUCGACUCAUCAUGAUGCUAAGCAUACAAAAGAUGAGCAUCAUCACACACAUGAUGAUCAUGAACACCAUCAUGAUGAAAAGCAUGAACAUACUCAUGAUGAUCAAGAACACCAUCAUGCUCACAAAGAGGUUACUGAACCUCUUCUUGGUGAAUCAAAAGAUGGAACUAAGAAGAGGAAGCAAUGGAACAUAAAUGUACAGGGGGCUUAUCUGCAUGUGCUUGGGGACUCAAUCCAGAGUGUUGGAGUAAUGAUUGGGGGAGCAGUGAUAUGGUAUGAACCUCGAUGGCAAAUAGUUGAUUUAAUUUGCACUCUAAUAUUUUCUGUCAUUGUUUUGGUGACAACUAUCAAUAUGCUGCGUAACAUUUUGGAAGUCCUGAUGGAAAGCACACCUCGUGAGAUUGAUGCUACUAAGCUUGAAAGGGGGCUGUUGGAUAUGGAAGAUGUAGUGGCUGUUCAUGAACUGCAUAUAUGGGCCAUUACAGUGGGAAAGGUUUUGCUAGCUUGUCAUGUUAAAAUCAGACGUGAAGCAGAUGCAGACAUGGUGCUGGACAAGGUUAUAGACUAUAUCAAAAGGGUUUAUAACAUCAGUCAUGUAACUAUACAGAUAGAGCGCUAGAUUUCAUCCUUUUUUAAUAUUAUUAUGUGCUAGUGAAGAUUAGAGGGGAAGGAUUUAGUUGGUCUUGGAGAAUUAUGUUUCUGGAAAUCAAAUUUCUCUACGACAAUAGUACUUUCUAGCAAUGCAGAUAUGAGCCUUGAAUAUUUACAUGCCAAUUUUUUAUAUCUAUGGUAUUAUUGUCAAAUAUUUGAUUGCCGCUCGGUGUAUUCCAGAAUUAAUAGGUAUUAUUGGUGUUAAUAUAACAGGGUUCCUUGCAAACCAGAGUGGGCAAAAUGAGUUUGGCUAACUAGGUUGGUCCAACUUGUUUGAUGAAAUGUAAGAUUUAAAUUUUUAUUUUUAAAUCCGAAUUAGAUAUGUACUUUUUUAGUCUUUAUUUAUUUA